AUGUGCUUUUUUUUCGUGCUCUGUGUGUGUGCGUAUUUGUGCGUGUGUCUCUCUCAUUCUCUAAAUCUCUCUCGCUCUCGCUCUCUCGCUCUCUCGCUAAAUCUCUCUCUAAAUCUCUCUCUAAAUCUCUCUCUCUCUCUAAAUCUCUCUCUCUCUCUACAUCUCUCUCUCUCUCUACAUCUCUCUCCCCCUCUCUCUCUGAAUCUCUCUCUCGCUCUCUCUCUCUCUAAAGCUUUUUGGCACCGGCAUUGGACGGUUGGCAAGGCGAUGAAGGAGGCUGAGAAGCAGAAGAUGUCCAAGUACAAAGGUUUCAACAAUGACAAAACUCACGUUGUCGCCUUGGCGAUGACCACGACCGGAGGACUUGGCUCUGAUUUUCUUAGUCUGCUGCGACGACUUGCCGUGGUGGCGGAGAAUAGCGGAGUCUACCAGCCUGGGCUGGAGGAGAACUUCGCUACACGCUGGAAGGAGCGGCUCACGGCGACCCUGCACAUUGCCAACAAGGACAUGUUGUUGUACUUUUCCUUUGUGUCUUUCUCUCUUUCUCAAACCGACCAAACUAAAGCUCUCUCUCCCUCCUCUCUCUCUAAAUCUCUCUCAAUCUCUCUCUCUCUGAAUCUCACUCUCGCUCUCUCUCUCUCUCUCUAA